UGGGAGCCGGCGAGCUUGUGAUAUACAGAUUACAAGGUUGAUCCCUUAAUGGCGUUGUAGUUUCAAGUAAGAGUGAGCAGACAUAGAGAGAGCAGGGUACUGACUUAGAAGUAGGCUGGCCCUAGUCAUGCGUUCGCGCAGUCCUCGACCGGGUGGGGCACCCACGGACCUUUCACAUGACGAGAUCCAACAGCUGUUCCAAACCUUCGAUACCGAUGGUGACCAUAAAGUCACUCCCGACGAACUGCAGAUUGGUCUAUUCCGCCUCGGACAUUCCACUGUGCCCGGCUUUGUACACCAUAUAUUCGAGCAGGCUGAUACUGACGGCGACGGCGGCAUAGACAUUCACGAGUUUAAAAUUUUUUGGGAACAUCAUAAUGCGCAACUAAAAAGAAUCUUUGACAUGGCCGAUGUUGCAAGCACUGGAGAGAUAACGACUGUCGAUCUCGAGAGGGUUAUGAGGAACGAGGGGAUCAAAGCUCAAACGAAGAACGAAUUAACUAUGAUGAUGAAGAAAGUCGACAAGGAUGGGAACGGUGGAGUGUCAUACAACGAAUUCCGCGAGUACUUUAUGUUCACACCGCUCACCAACACAAAUGAGAUACUCAAGUUCUGGCAACGACCCGCUCUAGUUGGGGAUGAUGGGCGCAUGAAGGAGAUCGUCGUUCCACUUAAUUCCUCUGCCGCGGGGAGUGCAACCAGUCUGACGACCGUAACUAAUGCAGCUGACAGUGACGAUAUGGGCGAAGACGGGACGGCGACCGCUUAUGGCAAUGGCAAAAUAGGCUAUGUUGUUUGCAAGUUUAUCGACAGUGGCGCCUUUGGUGAGGUAUCUCUGGUAGAAUGCCAACAGACGGGAAUGUCAUACGCACUGAAGCGUUUCUCGCAAGAAGACGCCGAUGUUCUUGCACAGUACCUAGAGGAGCGAGAAUUCUUCAAUGCCUUAAAUAGUCGUCCGGAAGCCUUAAAGAGACGAUCCAAACUAGUCCAAAUGUAUGACAGUUUCAUAUCAAACGACAUGAGCUGUCUACUAUUAUCUUACGUCCCUGGGGGCAACUUGGAGUCGUGGAUAGAGAACCGAGUAUUCAACGAAGAAUCGGCGCUGUUCUACUUUGCCGAGGCCGCCGCAGCGGUGCACGAGAUACACACAUGUUGCUUCGUGCACAGAGAUAUCAAACCCAGCCAAUUCUUACUUGAAGGCAACGGGCGCUUAAAAUUGUGCGACUUUGGGUCGUGUGUGCGCGUGAGUGAAGAUGGUUUGGUUAGAGCGAAAGUGCAGAUAGGCACUACAGACUACAUGUCACCGGAAGUCAUACGGGCGAGGAGGCGGACACAGCCUUUCCCAUCAAACACGGAUUGGUGGUCCUUGGGUAUCGUAUUGUACCAGAUGCUAUUCGGAUAUCUACCUUUUGAAUCCACAAAUGAAGCCAUAACACAACAACUGAUUCUGGGUCAUGAAACCACUCUGCGUCUCAGUGAUCCUAAUGUCUUACCAGAUGGUCUAUCAGAUGAUUGCAAGGAUUUGAUCUUAGGGCUUCUGACCGAAACGUCACAGCGUUUAUCGUACGAAGAUAUAACGGUGCACCCUGCACUCUCUGGAGUGAGCGAGUGCUUCUCAGAGACUGAAACGAGUCACGAACCCGUUUCUUACAUCGCUUCAUUGCAAGUGAGAGAUGCUCCGGCCAUUUCACCUAAAAGAUUACAGCGUCAACGGUCAGCUGUUGGCCUACCACUCAGAGGUCGACCUCCGCCGCGUACCAAUUUUUCAAUUGCACCAACGAAAUAA